AUGGCCGCCACUGCUGCCCCGACUCGCUUCCAUAUUGCCGCAACUGGCCACAGCCUCAACUACCUGCCGCAGUACAUUGCCGAACGCCACGGCUAUUUCCGGGACGAGGGCCUCGCGAUCUCGGUGUCAGUCCCGUCGCCCUGGGACAAUGUGCUCGAGGAACUGGGCGACGGCACGGCCGCGGCCGCCCUCGGCGGCAUCUGGGUGCCGUCCAUGUACCGCAGCGCGGGCAAGCAGUACACGGCCUUUGCGCAGCUGUCCAACCGGUGUCCGCUGGCGCUGGUAGCGCGGGGCGGUGGUGCUGGCGGUGCUAGCCACGCCCAUGAUGCCAAACCGUUCCAUCUCGCGCAGGUCGUCGACAAGACGGUGCUGUUAAAGUCGGGCAACGGCGCCAGCGUCGGCCUCUUCUUUAAGAUGCUGCUGCGCGAGCACGGCAUCGACCCGGCCGCGGUGCACUUUGUGCAAGACCUGGCCGGCCCGAUGCUGCGCACGCUCUUCGAGGGCGGCCUGGGCGACUAUUUCGUGCUCGACAUUGUGUCGGCGCGCAUCCUGGCGCAGACCAACGCGGACGUGCACGUGGUCCUGGAGAUGGCCGCGGGCGGCGACGCGAUCCCCUGGAGCGUGUACUACUGCGAGACGGAGACGCUGGGCGACGCGGCGGUCGUGGACGCGCAGACGCGGUUCUGCAUGGCGCUCGAGCGGGGCAUGCGGCAUGUGCUCGACAACGACGCCGAGACCUACCGCGACGACCUGGCGGCGCUCUUCCCGGGGCAGCCGACCGACGUCUUGGUGGCCGUGGCCAACCUGUACCGGGCCAACCAGAUGUGGACGUCGUCGUCGGUGUCGCGACAGGGCUUCGCGCGCUGGCAAAAGGGCAUUGCGGAUGGGCGCCUGACGCCGGCGCCGCUGGAGUAUGACGCGAUGGUCGCCAACCGGACGGCCAGCGGGGUUGUCAAUGGCGCCAAUGGAGUCACCGGACGGAGCACAUAG